ACAACAUCACCACUUUUAAGACUAGACUUAAGACUUUCUUGUUUGAUAAAGCUUUUAGUUAGGGCAGGAUUUAGCAAACUUACAUGUGUGAUCAUGGCAAAGAGAUGGUGUCUCCUGCCCCUCGCUGCCGUCCUCCUACUGUCCUUCAUUCCCACAGUGACUGAAGUGGUGGAUUCAAUGUCAGACUGUGCUGAGUUUCUUCUUGAGCAAACUCCACCACAGGUCCCAGGAAUCUUGGAGGGCGGCAACAUCCUGAACCAGAACCGAUACAAACCCAUUUGCCAGACUUUUAAGAACAAGAAAAGGUUUGUGACGCUCUAUGACACCAAGAACAAGAUUCCAGUGUUUUCUGCUUACAAGUACAGAGGGGAACAACAGACGGGAAGACCGCAAACCCCUUGGAAGAUAGAGCCACAGCUUGAAGAAAAAAACACAAGCAACAUGAGGGACGACGGCUUAAGCCACCAAGCCAGCGACAGUGAUUAUAAAGGUUGCAUUACAAAAGGCUUUAAUAGGGGUCAUUUAUUUCCAAGUAGUCAUGCAUUUGAUAAAAAUGAACAACUCUCAACGUUCACCCUGACAAACAUCGUUCCACAAGCAGUGACUUUCAACAGUGGCAGCUGGGAAAAAAUGGAGAAUUGUGUCAAAUGUGUUAUGCAAAAGUUCUGCAACGACAAUAAUAAUGUCACUGAAGGCUUUGUGGUGACCGGGGCAAAGCCCAGCAUUAACAACAAACUCAAGAAAGAAAUUAAUAUACCAUCCAUUCUCUGGUCAGCAUUCUGCUGUUACAGUCACAACAUGAAGACAUGGCUAGCGAGUGCUCACUGGGGGGAAAACAUUGCAGAACCUUAUUCAAAAUAUAUGCAGACAAAGACUUUGGAAGAACUCAAUCAAAAACUGAGCACAAGGGAAAAAAGAUUUGAGGUGUUUCCCAGAACACAGUGUCCUCUCAAAACAACCGUUUCUGAGUUCUACCCAGAACUUAAUGCUGAAAAAAACUGCCAGUGCCCUCCCCAAGCUACAACCACAUCUGCUACAACUACAAACACCACCACCACUACAAAGAAGAAAGAAAAUAAUUCAGAAAAUAAUGGUGGACAAGGUCAAAGUCAGGGAGGAGGAGUUGGUGGUGCACUGGGAGUUGGUGCUGCGCUGGGAGGUGGUGCUGCUGUUGGAGUUGGUGGUGCACUGGGAAGUGGUGUUAAAGCAGGAGUUGGUGGUGCACUGGGAAGUGGUGUUAAAGCAGGAGUUGGUGUUGCAGCCGGAGUUGGUGGUGCAUUGGGAGGUGGUGUUGCAGCUGGAAUUGGUGGUGCAUUGGGAGGUGGUGUCGCAGUGGGAAUUGGUGGUGCAGUGGGAAUUGGUGGUGCACUGGGAGGUGGUGUUGCAGCAGGAGUAGGUGGAGCACUGCGAGGGGGUGGCCCAGCAGUUCCUGCUCCGUCUAAAACUGCCAUCAGCCCAUCUUCUCCCAGUAGUACCACUGUACCUGCAACUAUAGAAACAACCAACAUUACAUUAACAACCACUGCACCAUCAAUCACAACAUCUCUACCAUCAACAAUAACUUAUAUGACUAUUAAACCCCAAACUAACUCAACCAUCCAGAAAUCAACGAGCUUCAUUCCCACAACAUCUGAACCCCAAACUAACACAACCAACCAGACUUCAGAGAACAUCAUUCCCACGUCUGAACCACAAACUAACACAACCAUCCAGAAAUCAACGAGCUUCAUUCCCACAACAUCUGAACCACAAACUAACACAACCAACCAGACUUCAGAGAACAUCAGUCCCAUGUCUGAACCACAAACUAACACAACCAACCAGACUUCGGAGAACAUCAGUCCCACGUCUGAACCACAAACUAACACAACCAACCAGACUUCAGAGAACAUCAGUCCCAUGUCUGAACCACAAACUAACACAACCAACCAGACUUCGGAGAACAUCAUUCCCACGUCUGAACCCCAAACUAACACAACCAACCAGACUUCGGAGAACAUCAUUCCCACGUCUGAACCACAAACUAACACAACCAACCAGACUUCAGAGAACAUCAUUCCCACGUCUGAACCACAAACUAACACAACCAACCAGACUUCAGAGAACAUCAGUCCCACGUCUGAACCACAAACUAACACAACCAACCAGACUUCAGAGAAUAUCAUUCCCACGUCUGAACCACAAACUAACACAACCAACUGGAGUUCAGAGAUCAUCGUUCCCACAUCUGAACCACAAACUAACACAACAGCUCAGCACUUCAACGUCUCCACUCAUAGCCUUCUGUCUUCUUCAGCACCUUCUUUAACCUCUUGCUUAUUAUGUUCAUGUAUAUUUUUUAUUUUGCUGAUACCUGUUUAACAGCCAGGCAAGUACAACCAUAUUGGACGAUGCCAGUGUUCAGUAUAAGAAGUGCUAGAUGUGUUUCCCAUCUCUUACCAGUCGUCACAAGUGACCCUUAAUGAAAAUAUGAACUUGAUGACAAUGUUUAACCUUAACCAAGUAGUCUAAGUUGCUUACAAUAGCUUAAUUCUGUGGCUGCCGCAUGUUGAAAUGUGAUAACAUUUACCUUAAAUUCUUGACCUUUACAAAGCCUUUUGAAUGGAAGUAAAGUUUUGAAGAAUUGUCAUCCUUAUUUUAUAUACUGACUGAAUUUAGAUUUUUUCUACAAUUGCUUUUCAGCUCAAAUAUUAAAAAAUCAACCAAAUCCUUAAAUGUAAUUUUUUUAAAUUGUCAUUGUUGUGUAAAAUCUGUGAACUUUAAAGUCAGUGGGAAAAAAAAAUAUGGAUUCAAUCCAAAUCUGAAUUGUUGUUUGAUGACUAGCUUUUUAUUUGAGCAGUUUAAUUUCCCAUAUUCACGGGUUGUAAUUCAGAGAAGAAGGGGGAAAAUGUACUCAAAUUUCUUUCUUUUUUGUACAAUAUGAAUCUCUAAUAAAGGAAGCAAUAUGUG